CAGGUAUAAAGGGAAUAACAUGGUGUUCCAGUAGCUGUUUAUGUUUUUUAAAGAGAACAUUCGGAGGAGCUUCAGGCAGUGGUUCUCACUUUUAUUUGUUUUUUUUUAAUCGAAUGUGAAGAUUUUACCGGCAGCGUGGCAUGUAAAGCUCAUACUUCACUAAUGUGCCAGUUUUACAAAUGGAAAGGGGGCUUCACAUUGGAAAGGUGAGCAUUUCCCUGGUGCUCGUGCUGCUGCUGGAGGCGCUCACCGGGUCCGGAGCUUCUUCUCUGGGUCCGGGCACCGCCGCCGCCGCCGCCGCCUCCGGGGGAGAGCCGCCGCCGCCGCUCGGCUCCCGGGGCUCAGGGUCGACCCCUGCGGGAGAUGGUGCCGGGGUCAUGCAGCGCAGCCUGGACAGCCUGGGCUCCACGGUCUUCGGGGCAGACGUGACCGUGGAGGACGACGACAACGGCUCGGCGGGGGAAAGCGACGAGUCCCCCGGAGAGAGCCACAGGAGCGUCCGGCAGACCAGGUCCCUGGUCAUCAUCAGCACCCUGGACGGGCGGAUCUCGGCGCUGGACCCUCACAACCAGGGCCGGAAGCAGUGGGACCUGGACGUGGGCUCGGGCUGCCUGGUGUCCUCCAGCCUCAGCAAGCCGGAGAUGUUCGGCAAUAAGAUGGUGAUCCCCUCCCUGGACGGCGCCCUGUUCCAGUGGAACCGGGACCGGGAGAGCAUGGAGGCGGUGCCGUUCAGCGUGGAGUCGCUGCUGGAGUCGUCCUACCGGAUCGGAGACGACACCGUCCUGGUGGGGGGCAAGUCUCUGACCACCUACGGCCUGGGGGCGUACAGCGGGAAGCUGCGCUACAUCUGCUCGGCGGGGGGCUGCAGCCGCUGGGGGGAGGACGAGGGCGAGCCCGAAGACGUGCUGCUGCUGCAGAGGACCCAGAAGACCGUGAGAGCCAUCCGGCCCCGGUCCGGGAUGGAGAAGUGGAACUUCAGCGUGGGGAACUUUGAGCUGAAGCUGGUCCCGGAGAUCCGGUCCGGGAUGAACUUCCUGGAGGGCGAGACGCUGAGCGGCGAGACGGCGAGGGAGACUCAGCAGGUCAUCAGUGACGAGCCGAAGCAAACGGAGGGCCAGCAGGACCAGGACCGGGACCAGAACCUGGACCUGGACCUGGUCAUCAAGGUGUCCGUCCCCGACUGGAAGGUGAUGGCCUUCAGCCCGGAGCCCAGCGGCCAGCUGGUCUGGGAGCGCCAGUUCUGCACCCCCAUCGCCUCGGCGUGGCUGGUGGGCGGCGGCAAGGUCACGCCCAUCAGCCUGUUCGACGACUCCAGCUACAGCAGCCAGGCCGACGACGAGGACGAGGACGAGGACCACGGUCCAGACCGGACCGGCAGGGCCGCCGAGUCCAGCGUCUACCUGGGCAUGUUCCAGGGACAGCUCUACCUCCAGUCCUCAGUGAGAAUCACUGAGAAGUUUCCCUCCAAAGCCAUUGGGUCCAAAAAAGACAUCGUCCCCCUCCCCACGGUCAAGUGGAAGCCUUUAAUACAUUCUCCGUCUCGGACUCCGGCUCUGGUCGGCUCGGAUGAAUUCGACAAGUGUCUGAACAAUGACAAGUUCUCCCAUCAAGAGUACAGCAACGGCGCUCUGUCCAUCCUCCAGUAUCCGUACGACAACGGCUACUCCUUCCCCUACAGCAAGCGCUACCGGGAGAAGCGCCACGGCGCCGUCAGCCUGAUCGACGGCACCGCGGCGGGCGCCGACAGCCGCCGCAGGAAGGACCCGGUGCUGCUGCUGCCCUGGUGGAAGGAGAUCCUGGGCACCAUCGUCUUCUGCAUCGCCGCCACCACCUACGUCGUCCGCAAGUUCUUCCACCCCUCUGCCCCCGUGGCCUACGUCCGGCAGCGGAAGGAGUCGGAGACGCAGUGCCAGACCGACAGCAAGUUCGACCUGGAGGUGGAGGAAUCCAAAGAGCCGCCGGCCGGCGAGCCGCGCUCCAGCGACUACGUGUCCCGGUACCUGACGGACUUCGAGCCGGUGCAGUGCCUCGGCCGCGGGGGGUUCGGCGUGGUGUUUGAAGCCCGGAACAAAGUGGACGACUGCAACUACGCCAUCAAGAGAAUCCGUCUGCCUAACAGGGAGCUGGCCCGGGAGAAGGUGAUGCGGGAGGUCAAGGCCUUGGCGAAGCUGGAGCACCCGGGGAUCAUCCGCUACUUCAACGCCUGGCAGGAGAGCCCCCCCGAGGGCUGGCAGGAGGAGAUGGACCAGCGCUGGCUGAAGGACAGCAGCGCCACCGACUGGCCCAUGAGCUUCCUGGACCACAUGGAGGCGCUGUCGGUGAAGGUCCCGGUGUCCGGCUCGGCGUCUCGGAGCCGCGCGGCCGGAGGAGACGCCCCGGAGGCGUCUCGGGGGCGGAGCCUUCUGCUGAGCGGCGGGUCGGAGCUGUCCUUCCAGCCGCUGCCGGGCCGGGACAGCCUGACGUCGGAGCGGGACAGCCAGGCGGACGCCGAGGCCUCCGACACCCCCCACUCCUUCGAGCUGUGCCCCCCCCGCGGCCCCGGCGACUGCACCUCCUCCUCCUUCGACAUCGUGUUCGAGGACUCGGGCUGCGACCGCGACGCCGAGGCCGACUCCGCCUCCGGCUCCGCCUCCGCCGCCGGACGCAGGACGAGCACGGAGAAGAACACCUCGUCUUCCUCGCACACCCGGCGGCAGGAGUCCGUCCUGCUGUCCUCCACCUCCACCUGCACCUCCACCUCCCCGCCCCGGCCCACCUCGCUCACCCUGCCGCCACCCCCCGCCACCCCGGCAGCCAGAGGACAGCCGUCCCCCAAGGUCUACCUGUACAUCCAGAUGCAGCUGUGCCGGAAGGAGAACCUGAAGGACUGGAUGGCCCAGCGCUGCCUGCCGGAGCACCGAGAGCACAACCAGUGUCUGGACAUCUUCCUGCAGAUCGCCGAGGCCGUGGACUUCCUGCACAGCAAGGGCCUGAUGCACCGGGACCUGAAGCCCUCCAACAUCUUCUUCACCAUGGACGACGUGGUGAAGGUGGGGGACUUCGGCCUGGUGACGGCCAUGGACCAGGAGGAGGACGAGGACGAGCCCAGCGUGCUGACGCCCGCCCCGCUGCUCACCCGCCACACGGGCCAGGUGGGCACCAAGCUGUACAUGAGCCCCGAGCAGCUCUCGGGGAACUCCUACUCCCACAAGGUGGACAUUUACUCUCUGGGCCUGAUCCUGUUCGAGCUGCUCCACCCCUUCAGGACGCAGAUGGAGCGAGUCCGGACGCUGACUGAAGUCAGACUCCACUGCUUCCCUGAGCUUUUCUCCAAAAACAACGUUCAGGAGCUGAGCAUGGUGCGCAGCAUGCUCUCCCUGAGCCCCGCCGAGCGCCCCGAGGCCGCCGACAUCACCGGGACGCCGCUCUUCCAGGACCUGGAGCUGCCGUGCCGUCUGGCCGUCCGGCAGCGCUCCCGCACCUACAGCGCCUCGUCCACCGGCCGGCCGGCGCGCCAGGCCUCGGCCAGCUGAGGCCCUGAGCCGGACCCCCGGCUGGACCCCUGGACCCCCUGGACCCCCGCCUGGACCCCCUCAUCCACAUCAAUAAGACAAAAACACCUCAAACCCCCAAACACUGCCUCACACGCCGUCGCUUUAAAAGCCAAGAAGAAGAGAGUGAGCAGGAAUCUGACACACACACACACACACGCACACACACACGCAGAAGGUUUUCCGUUUGAUGCUCCAGUGUUCACUCAUUCACUCUGGAGCCUCAGGUAUGAGGCCGGACUGUCCUGACCGGGCGAGCUCUGCUGGGGGUCGCCGGUCGGAGCUGUACCGGGGGUCGCCGGUCGGAGCUGUACCGGGGGUCGCCGGUCGGAGCUGUACCGGGGGUCGCCGGUCGGAGCUCUGUCGCGGAUCAAACACCCGAUGAGGGAGACCAAAAACACAGCAGAACAUCUUUCCUUUGUCAAGUCUGUUUUGAUUGUUUUUCUACGGAGAAGGUGGCGAGUUUCAGUCUGGUCUGUCAGAGAUGACCUGCCUUUAGGGAGGAGCUUGAGGAGGCUCCUCCUCUUCCUCCUCCUCUUCCUCCUCUUCCUCCACUUCCUCCUCCUCCUCUUCUAAAUGAAUGAAUGAACCUUUUCUGCAUGUGCCGAUCAGAAAGUGAAGUGGUGAAUGUGAGUUUGUACUCUGAAACCUCGGACUCAGUUUUUCACUCUGACUCCGAGGUGAUCGAUCACUUCCUGUACAUACCUGAAUGAAGGGGGGGGGGGGGGGGGGGGGGGGGGGGGUUCUUGCUUUCCUGUACAUACUGUAAGGCUGUAAGAUAGCGCCGUCCUGUCUUAGGGAUCCCUGAACGUUCCGAUCGCCCCAGUGUUUGUUUCCACAUGUGAGCCGAGCCCCCGGAGAACCGCAGGAACCAGAGUGCCAUUGGAACGUCUGUCAAGUGUACUUUAUUCCCUGAACUGAUCGAUCGCCUCGCGCUGGGUUCGGUUCCUCAGCAGCGUUUAGUUCUGAAGCCGAUCCCAUGUGGACCUGGACCUGAUCCUGGUCAUGUGACCCACGUUCGAAGUGCUGGGAGAGUCACAUGGUCUGUUUGUACGUCCUCACUCAGACUGCUUUCAAUGAUUGUACUUUUCUAAGGGUCUCUGUUUUUUUAAGGAAGGGA